UAUCACACCAGAGUAAUUAUUCAUGUUUAGCAGUGGUGUGAUAGAUUGCAGAAGACAAAUUCAAAGGGAGGAGAGGAGAGGAGAAAAACUCAGCUGGCUUCACCAUGUCAGUCAAGCUUCCCAGGAGGCUGAGCAGCAAGAAGAAAAAACCUCAAAUCAACAAUGCCCAGGCAGAGAUUCUGUGUAAGCUGGGCCUGGAAGCCUUCUGGACAAAACCACUGGACCCAGCCUCUAUGUUGGACAUCAGCACUUGGACUCUGGAGAACCAAGACCCUCAGGUACCUGAGUACCUACCUUAUGCUUUCCUUCAGCGCCUGUGGCUGCUUAGCCCUCAAGCUCGGAGAUCAUGCUGCAAACCAUCAACUAAUGCUCUGGAUGACACCUCAGGAGAAGACGGUGUCAAUGGUCUAGUAGGAGAAACUGAAUGUGCCGUCAAUCCCCUUGACCUAGUGACAGCUGUCUAUAGAUCUGCUAACACCUUCCUUCAGCAGGAAAUUGCAGUGCGCAUGGCACAAUGCAAGUUUGCCAUACCCUUGAUCCUUCCUUCCAUAUACCCAGAGCAGCCUGGCUGCUUCCUUCUUUGGCCUUUGAGAGGUGUUGUGAGCCAGUGGAGACCUCCAUCACCUCCUAAAACAAGACAGGUCCUAGAAGGGAACUUGGCCAGCACAGAAAUGCCAAUAGUUUCCUGUGUGAAGCUCGGUCACUGUGGAGUCUCAAAGUCACGAGUGCUGAACCAUGUUUUGGGUGGAUCCAAAUCCCCUACUGAAAGUUUCCUUCACCGUGGGAUGGAUGGAGGACAGCUGCCACAGAGACUUGCCAAUGGUCUGGUAGAGGUAGGGUGGUAUCUGCCCACUGGAGACACUGACAGAGAUAUUUUCCCUGUGCCUGUGGUAAUCUCUAACCUACGUGGUGAUGCAGCUGCACAUGAAAAAUGCCUAGCUCUUCUAUGUCAAGCAUCAUCAGCUGUUGUCGUCUUCUGUGGUGAUCUUAGGGAGAAAGACAAACGUCUUCUUGCUUACUGGAAAGACACGGCAAGCAAACUCCUGGUUGUUGACCUCUCAGAAACAAUGGAAAAGGUAAAAGAAAAUAAAGUUGUAGGUUUUGUUGCUCAGAACCUGGAGGAAGAGGUGGGGCUGGCCAAAGAGUCAGUGCUGUCAUGUGGACCUAUCAGUGAGGAGGACUUGGCAGACAGGCUGCGUGAGACCUUGAAUGAUCUGUUACCAGAUAAACUAAAACUUGUUACAUUUGAAGCAGCAGCGAGGAUAUCAGUGGAGCUAGGCUUCAGCAUAGACGAAGGGGAAGUGUGUAAAAAAGCCAUGGCUACUGUAGAGGACGUGUUGAAAGGUUUAGAUGAAGGUUUGGCCCAGUUCAUGGAGAAACAACUGCCUAUGCAAGGUGCAUCAUGGUACAAACUGGCACAGAUGGAGAAAGAGGAGACCAAACAGAAAAAAGCAGGAGAGAAGAAAAACCUCCAGCAACAAAAUGAAAAGAAAAAUAUUCUUCUCAAGUUGCGCAGCUACAAAAUGACCACAGCCAUGAAGUCUUUCACAGAUGCACUCUCCACAACAGACAAAAUGGAAAGAAUGUAUUUUAUUAGCUGGAUGAAAUUGAGGCUUAGGGCCAUUCAAAUUAAACAACAAUGCAGCCCCCAAGAACCAUGCACAAAUGAGCAGAAGUUAAAUCAACUUAGUGACAUGAACGUGUCAACAAAAAAGAAAGAUCAAGAGCCUGAAAAUUUUGAUGAGCCUGAAAAUGGAACAAAUGAUGAUCUAGAUGACAACGAAAGUUUCUACACUGACUCAUCAGUGGAAGAAGAACAGUCACUGAACCUAAACCACACUGGAAAUGGUGGACUGCAACAGGCUGAAGUAGCGCAAGACUUAGAACUUAUUAUGGAACAGUCUACAAAACUAAAUAUGAAGCUGUAUGAAAAAGUUAAUAUAGCGUUAGAAGAUGAUGAAAACCAGAACUCUUGUGAACAUCAAACUUCAGACCCAGAAAUCUCUGAGGACCAAAAUCUCCAUUUGGAGUUCAGGGAAAAUGGAACUUUUGAUCUCAACUUGCCAGAGAAACCGCCCGAGGAACCAAAACUGAAAACAGACAAAUCAGACUUCUCUGCAGAAGCAUACAUGGGCGUGGAUACCUCUUCUGAAAAUCAGGGGUCCUCAGGCUCAUUUGUAGAGCAGCAUUUUGAGCCUGAUCCUUCCUCUCUGGGCCUUGAACACUUCCUACGUGAGAUGGGGUUAAUUUUUGAGUUGACACACAUGAGCAAAGGAAGAAAGAGUCAAAAUGUUUUGCGCCUUCCUAAAUUAGCUGCCGAUUUGCUGCUAUAUGGCAUACCACUUGAGAUAAUGGAUGGAGAUGCCUCUAAUAUCCCCAGAAGAUGGCUGCACCGUGUCUUUGAAGAACUCAAACACUGCCUGCCUCAAGGACGGUUCAGGACCCGAGUACUGACAAACCUUGGGGUCCAACAUGCAAGGAAUGCCGAGGUGUUUUCUGCAUUAUUUGGGGUGAAAUUCCUUAAUGGAGGGAGAAGAUCCACGAAAGGGGUGUAUAUGCUGGCUUUAUGUCUCCCUGAUCACCUGAGAAAGGAUAUGGAAUGUGACUUUCUGUUGUUAAUUGAUGUAGAGGGUCUCUGUUCACCACUGCUGGACAAAAAAGCAAACACCAAGGUCCAUGACAAUGAGAUGGCCACCUUGGCAACAGGACUGAGUGAUGUUCUGAUGCAAAACAUAGUUUCAUCUGGAAAUACUGAGUUUGAAACUGACUUCAGUGUGAUACUUAGUGCUCUCCUCCGCAUUAAGGCAUGUGGCUACCUGCCCAUUUGCCAACUCUUAACCCAGAAUGAAGAAUUAAACAGCAAGUUACACGCCUUGCAGUUAGGACGUGUAGCUGAAAUUCUUCAGACAGACAAUGGGACCAGAGGGACUAAAUAUACUGAUUGUCGUCUUGUAAAAAGCACAAGCAGUAUCCCCUGUGUCAUAGGGCCUUGGCACAAUGUCUCCCUUUCUGAACCAGUUGAUAAAGAUUAUAGUAAGGCUGUGUUAGAGCUGAAGCAAAAUCUUUUUGAGGCAUUGAAGAAGUGUGCAGCCAAGUCUGAAGCCCCAGGGCUGCCUGGAUUUCUGGGUCGUUUAUGUGCUGUUUGGGAAGCAGUGAAAGCAGAUUCAUUCUCCAUUGGGCUUCAGAAUACUGAGGUGUCUGAUGCAUUUUCUAUGCUAUGCACAGAGCUUUCCCAAUGGGAGAAGAAUUUCCUUGACCACAUGGAAAGGUGGUUUGUUGGGGCAACAAAUAGAAUCAUCUCCUACAAAGCUGAGGACUUAGAGAUUAUGAUCAAAGAUGACCUCCUGAAUGUACUGAAGGAAGAAGCCAGUGAAGAGGUCAAAACAGAGGUGAAUAAUCUCAGGACAAAACUUGAGGCCUAUUUGAUAAAAGAUGACCUCCAUAAAACUCAUAUUGCAAUUUACAGACCAAGCUUAAUGAACUAUAUGGAUGAACUUGAGGAGCAGGUAACUGAAGACAUGAUGGAGAGGUUAGAGUCAGCCAAAGAAAAUCAUUGCUCUUCCACACAGCUGAGAAUCUUUCAGACCUUAUUGGAAAAGGAACUGGAGUCCAAGCUACACAUGCUUGUAGAGAAAAGCAAGUCAACCAAAAUUCUCCUUACAGAUAUUCAACUGGAGGAGGAGUUUGACAAUGUGUGGAGAAGUGUACUGUCUAACUUUGACUUCAGACCUUCAGAAAUAGAUGAUAUUACUGGAAGGGUGACAGCAGUUCUGAGAGAGAACCUCAGCAGCCGUGGGCUAAUGAAACACAUGAAGAUGCUUGAAGACAUUCGCCAAAACAAGACAUCUGGCUUUGCAGUUUAUGAUGAGCACUUUGGAUACCGCAGCAGAUUAAAGCACAUGUUUGAGGACAACAACCGACAACAGAGGUUAGAUGCUCAACAAGUAGCACACAACGUCGUCGAGGAGUACAAUCAGUUUGUAGCAGAUAAAUGUAGUUCACCAGCAGACUUCUCUGACAGCUACAUUGUAGAACUGUUAGAAAAUGUUGACAAAAGUUUGAAGGAAAAGCCUUUGGAAAUCAGAUCAGCUUUUGAAGUAGAUCUGAAAGUUUAUCUGUGUAGCUGUGCAUGCAGAGACUUUCAAAAAUUACAUGAUCUUUAUGGCAAAGACAGAGAGCUGUUGACCAUUAUCAACAGGAGCAAGAACAAGUACUUGGCAGAGUUUAUCUACCAGUUCAGGAAGAGGGACCAGUGCCAGAGGGUUGCCCAAGCUUUCGCCUCCAUGAUCUUCAAACCUACAAUUUUGGACUAUAUUUACAGGCCACUAGGGAGGCGCAUCACUGAACAAAUGUUAAGCCAAGACAAUGCCCGACAGUAUCUGUCUCCCCAAGCCUUCAAUCAGAGCCUGCUGGAGGAGCUCAUAGAGGAAGACAGUUUUGAGAGCUUCCUGGAAUACUUGCUUUCUUAUGAGAACUUCAGACUGAAGAGGAUCCAGCAGAAAGUGGUGGCUAACCUCUCUGAGUCAACUAUUCUGGAUGAGUGGAGGCGACAACGGCUUGGAGAAAUUGUGGGCAAGAUGGCUGCAGCAGUGAGCGAGACAGCAGAGGGUGUAAGUGGAGUGCUAAGUGAUACAAAGCUACUGCUGGAGAAAGUGUGCAUCACUGUGGAGAUGGAUGCAGAUGUGGAUGUCCCCAGGACUCUUCUUGAUGGGCCUCUCUUCAGUAUCACAGCAGAAUGGGAUCGCUUUGUCUCUUGUUUGUUGGAGGAACUGGCUGAGAUGCGGUUGGCUCUAGCCCAGGAGUUCUCCAAAAAGGUAGAUAUCAACCAGCUUCUCCAAGACCUUCCCGUUAAGCCCCAAGAUUGUCUCCUCAACAGAGUGAGAGGCUGUGAGAAGCAGUGUCCUUUCUGUAGAGCCCCCUGUGAAAUGGGGCAAAUGGAGCAUGAGGUACACAGGACCCUGCUCCACCGACCACAAGGUAUACUGUCCUAUACCUGUGAUGACUCCUGCUCCCUGUCUGAAGUCAGCUGCCCCACAACUCAGGACGGCCUGUUACUGGACAAUGAUGCCGAGGGGAAGUCUCUGGCCAGCAGUGAUUGCCAUUCCCUCCCCCCAGACUGGUGGAUCUCCCCUGAGGAACAAGACAGCCAGAGAGCCACUGCUUACUGGAGAUAUGUGUUGGUCCGGUUUAAUGAGAGGUUUGCACAGGAAUAUGAGCGGGAGCCAGCCCAGCUCCCUGAGGAGUGGAAGAACAUCACAAAGGAGGAGGCCUUGGACAGCCUGAGGGAUGCCUUCCACAUGAAUCAGUGCAAAUAGAAACCACUGUAAUUUGUUGGAUCCUGUCUUAUGUAUGUCAUUUGUUGUAUCUACUAAUCCAACAAACCUUUCAUUCUGUCCACUUAGUUUUAAAAUAAUGUUAGGUUGUUUUCUGUAAAUUGCGUGUGAAAAAUAUUAGAGUUGACUCCUUAUUUUCACUUCCCAUUUUUGGUUCCUGAAAAAUAUUGGGAACAUAAAGCCUAUUAAAAUGAGCUUGGUUUUAGUGUAGUGAGCCUCAUUUUCUUACUUUCUGUAUAGCAAUGAUUACUGUGAUUUCCUCUUUUUCUGUUAUGUAAAAUACUGAACUGAACUAUGAAGUGAAUUUACCCACAGUAGCUUUGCCUUGGUAAUAUAGAUCGAAUACAGUGUAUACAAACACAUUACACUGUGCCAUUAUUUCAAAAUGCAUAUGUUUUUGAUUUCUUCUAUAUGGGUUCUAUACAAAGAUCUCUAUCAGUGUGGACAGGAAAGUAUUAGAUUCAGAUAAUAGAAAACUGUAGUUUGCAUCCAGUGAGCAGCCUGCAUGUCAUAUGGGAUUUCGAUCUCAUCUUUAGACUGUAUUUAGAUGUUUUGAACAUUUGAAAACAUUUAGAAGUUUUGAAAUGUAUUUUAAUUCUGUCUUUCUUUUUAUGGCGUAAGGUGUUCUCUACCCAUCAGAAUUCAUCUUUCAUUUGAUGAUUAACUUCUGUCAUUUUUCAAAGUGCCGCUUUAGAUAAGAUUUCACACCCUUAAUAAUAGCAGUGGGGUUUCAUAAAUAUAUGUUGUUGUUUAAGUACCAAUGCAUUUCCAAUGACAUUUUAUAAAGAAUCUGUCAUUUAUUUGAUUAUACUGAUAUUUUUAAGGCCAAAAAUCAUAGCUGUCUGUGA